AAAGCUAAUCAACCACAAUAACUCUGGUUCCUCUUUCUGUCUCCCCUCUCCAACAAAAUCAGACAAAUGAUUUCUGGAGGUAGCAAUUCUGCGAUUGCCUCUUCUUACAGGACUGAUUAUGAACAAGACUGCUCAAGUGAAGCACACGCUGCCCACACCAUUUAUAUUUAACGCAAAAUCCUAUCUUCCGGCUACCAAUCAAAUGGAUUCAUGGCAUAGAUAAGGUUGCCUGUUUGUAUGGAUCGAAGAGAGCGAGAUUCAUGAUUACUCCCAACAUCUUCCGAGCCUGGAGCGAUGGAUUUUUGCCUGUGAAUAAGCACCGACGGGCCUUUGAUGCUGCAGAUGAUGAUGACAAAGAAAAGAUUAUAAGGAAGAGGCAAAAGGUCGCCUAAGAGGCGUCUCAUCAUCCCACUAGCAGGAGAGAGAGAUUUGCCGCCUCGUGGACUGCACCAUCCAAGGGUCUCUUGCCGACGACUGGGGGAAAUGCUGGUCGGAUCCUCGUUAUUAUCAGAGAAGGGCCGGAGGCCUGUGGAGGGUGGGGAACGAAGAAACGAGGCCUGAACGCGGCGGAGAUCACAACCCAGCAUUCGCAAAAGAGAGAGAUACCGUGGGAGAGAGAGAGGAGAGAAGAAAGGGGGGAAAAACUGGGAGAUCGGUCGGGAAAUGGAAGAUGAAGGCGGGGAUGCAUUCGGCGUUCCGGCGGCGCUGUUGCAGGAAGGAGUCGGGGAGGAAGAAGGAGACACCCGGCGGUUCAUCUCGGAGAUGGUGGUUUUCCAAGGGGAGGGGCAGGAGGAAGAGGAAGAAGACGAGGAGGAGGAGGUGGAAGACGAGCAGUCCGUCAAGGAUCCCGUCGCGGCCUCGGCGGCUGAUGUGGCAGGAGGGUCUGGUGCUGCGGACUGCUCCAGCGGGAGUUCCAUGAACGAAAACGACAUGGAUUCCGACGUCCCCGACGAGGACGCCGGUACGCUCGGGAAAGCCCUAACUCUAAACCCGCCGAGGUUGGUGAACCCACAGCCCCACAUCUCGACACAGUUCUUCACCUUCAACCGCGAAUCUCAUAGCCUGAUGGUUCGGUGCAUCGUGGACCGCCGGCUGGCGACGCCGGAGGAGAUUAGAACGGCCACCCCACAAUCGGUGCUCGCGUCGUGGCGCGGCGUGUGGAAGGACCGGAACGAGGGCACUGCCUACAUCACUGGGUGGAAGCGCAUCCAAGAGAAGCUCAACGCCCACAUCGACGAGCAAGGGAUCGAAUUCCUCUACUUCAAGAACAAUCCCCAGCAGUACGUCUCCCACGUCGACCAGUGGCAGGACAUUGUCAUGAGCUUCCACGGCGAUGCCGAUUUCAAGCACCUCGGCCUCAAGGAGACCAUCGAGCGGAUCAAGCAGGUUUGGACGGUUGGUGCCAAAUUCUACGGCAUCCCUGAGUCUUUCAUCCGCGUCUGCAUCGGCUCCUGCCCCGUCUGCUCGGACGCCGGCUCCAACAGCGCGGCCAGGAGCAAGCGGCGCCGCUUUGAGUACACCGAAUCAUUCGAGGUCCCGGCGAAGGAGGUGCCCUGGAGGCUUCAGCAGCUCGCCGCCAAGCACAAGGUCGUGCUCUGCAUCCGUCAAAAGUAUAUCAGAUACAAGCCAUUCAUGGCAGAGGUGAAGGAUUACGCCUGCCACAGAGCUGGGGAGCCCAACCCCAAGAGGUCCAGGGUUCUUAAGAGGGAACCCUACGCCUCUAAGAGGUGCGGGUGCGGGUUCAGGAUCAGGGCCAUCGUUCCGAUUACCAAUUACAACGAGAAAGAGAAGAGCUUCGUUUACCAGGAAGAAGGCAUGGCGGUGUUCAAGCUCUACGCAGUCCAUUCAGGGCAUGAGCCCGGGCCCCUGGAUGGAAGCGCCAGGAUAUUUCACAGGGUAGUUGGCAUGAAGGAUGAGAACAUGGGCUUCUUUGGAGCCACUACAGGAGGUCAUGAUUCAGAUACUAGUGGUUCGCAUAUUUCUGUUCUGCAACAGGUUCAGGAUCUUCAAGUUGAGAUUGGGGCAUUGCAGCUCGCAAAGAUGCCAGAGGAGCUGCUUCAUUCCUUAUCUCAGGAUCUUUCUGCAAUCAUUAAUAGGCUUAGAAGUAUACGAGAGGAUGAGGUUGGAUUAUUGAUCGGAAAGCAAAACCCUGAACAGGUUCUAGUUGGUGAUCACCAUUCUGGAUUCGGGGGAGAGUGGGAAGAUCAUCAUCGCCAUUCACAAAUACAUGCAGAUGGUGACCUGAUUGAAGGGGAAGAUGAUGAAGCGUUCGAGCAGAGUUUAGAGAAUGUUGCUCAGUGGGACGCUCUGAGGGCUGAAUGCAGGAGCAAGGAUAUCUUGAGGGAGAAUUGCAAGUCUGAUAAGUGGUUGGACUCCGUGAAAGAAGCAUGUCAUGAGUUUGAUGGGAAGAGUAUUCUUGUAUGUGAAGACACGAAACUUGUGAAGCCCAUAAGGCAUGAAGGCCCUAUGGUGGUGGAUUCAAGUCUUAUAGGGAUACAGGUAGAUGGGUUUUACUCUGAUAAUUCCAAGUGGUAUGAUUCACCUUGCCCACUAGAUCCAGGUUCAGACUGUGGAGAUGGGAGCUUCAGAGAUGGGAUUAUGUAGUGCAGCUUGCACUUCAUCGGGCUAACUAGACAGUUGAGGUUGUUUUGGCCCUUCUUUCCGAAUGGAAAUGUUUAUUUGUAAAUUAGUGUACAGAAGGAUGGUUUGGAACAAAAUCGGAAGCAUUCAAUCAAAAUUUAUCCUGAUGUCAAUAAAGUGCAGGAUCCUUCUCCAUGUUAUUGGUCCAGACUAACUUCAGCUACUACCAGCAAAGAAUGUAUGAUUAUUCCCGUCCUUCAUUCAUCUGCUUGGAAGCUGUAGCAGUUAGUCUAUGGCGAGGGUCUUCCUCCUAUGGGAUUUGGUAAAGCACCUUCAUUAUUUAGCUGGCUUGUCUUUAAAAAAUGAUUAAUUUUUGCUACUUUCUGCUAGCGUCUGACAAAAUGGACACUCCAUGAUAUUCCAUUUAUCUUUCAAGCUAUAUACCGCGUUGCCUCUUAAAAGAAUUCCUGACCUAAGAUAUCUGCCUAAAAGUUGUCAGUAUAUGCUGUUACAUGUCAAUUGUAGUUGCCCCAAGCUUUGGCUGUUUAAACUGAGAGAUCUGCUGAAGCUCCAUGAAGUCUUUGUUAAACCUCAAGUCAUUGACUACCUUCUUAUACUUGACAUGAUUUUGAGCACCUUCCAAGUACUGGAGUUGUGAAGUAUGUGUCUUCUGCUAAAAAAUUGCCUCAUGGUGGGUAUGGUUAGUCCCUGUAUGCUGUCUGGAUAAUUGUUGAGAGCUAAACUUGUUUAUUUGUGUUAGGUAAUGCAAAUAUGGUCCAGGUUUCUGAUGUCUGACAUGGUUCUGGUUCUUGGCCAUCUAAGUUUCUGCAUGGUUUAGCUGAUGUGGUUCUUGGCCAUCCAGAGGAUUAAUGACAGCUGUAGCUUUUGCUUAAGUUAAUAAAUAAUCUUAACGAAUUGUGUUUCAAUGAACUGUUAGCUCUCUCUUGAGCAAGUUGUCAAACUGAAAUUUAAGGUUGACAAGAACAUGUUUAAGCUAUUAUAGACUUAAUAUUUCUGUCUUUAAAA